GGGCCGAUGAGAGGCUCGCGCCAAAAACCAAAUAUAAACCAUGUUUACGUCGUUAUUCCACGAAUUACGGGUUUGUUUACAUCUUAGAUGCUAGAAAUCCUCUCUGGUUAUUUCUUGGAUCUGCCUAAAAAAUCCUGGAAUUCUACCAGAGCUCGUGUCUUUUCCACCGAAGCAGCGAAUGUUGGAAGACCGAUGCUCAUAAGUGAAAGAUCUGCCCUGGACGUGCUGGUCAUAGAAUGAUGACCGCCGGCGGCUUGCCUCCAUCCAAGCAAGAAAGCACGAUCAAAGAUAUUGAAAAAGGUGGCGAUUUGACAGACGAGAUAGCUGGUAAAGACUCACAGGUUUUGCACGAAACACGAUCUCAAAAACAGGCUUCGAAGAAACGUCUUCACGAAGACCAUGCGGAAAUUUUAACAAAGGAGUCCAGUUUUACUGCAACAUCUGAAACAACUAAUAGCUCUGUUGGUGUUGCGACUAGGAGCAGUACAAGACCUAAUAAAAGAAUAAAAUUGUCUGUUCCUCAAUCUAACAAAGUUGGAAAUCAAGAAAAUAGUACUGGUUGUGAGUUAGUGACCUCAUCAUCAUCAUCACCACAGACAAACAGGAGGAAAAAACAACCAAAAAGGCAAUGGGAAUCUUGGGGAAAGGCAGAAAAGGACACCUUUUUUGAGGCUCUUCAUGAAUAUGGUAAAGACUUUGAUAAGAUCUGCAACUUCAUUGCAGCAAAACAUAAAAGAAGGGGUGAUCCUCCUGCUCUGAUUAAAAACAAAGACCAAGUUAGACAUUUUUAUUAUCGUUCACUGAACAAGAUUAACAAAUAUCUUCCUGCUGAAUACCAAAGGGGAAGUGACACCCAACAGAAGAUGAUUAUUGAAUUAAAAGGUUUGAUUUGUUAUGGAGAACUUCGCAAAAAAAUAUGCGGCUGGAAUGACAAACAUGGAAAGAAACUGGAAGAAUUACUAAAUCAUGGAACAAUCUCUAUCCGCAGCAAAGGGAGAAAUUUCAAAAUUAAGGCCCCUGUAUGUCGGGCCCUUAAACGGCUGCAAUCAGUUGGACAAGGCAAGGAAGAUGGUGAUGCUCAACCUCUUACCAUGCCAAAUAAACUGGUAUUAGAACUCAUGCCACAUGAUCAUUUAGCUUGGGCUGCAGUUCAGCAACUGUCUAAAAACCCAAGGUUGAGAACGUCUGUGCCAGCAAAGAAACCUUUAAGUGGGAUGCUUCAUUUCCUUAUGAAGAAGUGGCAGAUUCUGUCCAGAAAGACUUUAGAACCAUUGCAAAUGUGUAUUGUUGUGCCGCCAAAGUUUCACUUCAGCUCAGACAUUAUGGAAAAGCAAACCAAUUCUGCAGUGAGCAAAAUAUCAUCAGGUGCACUUGGUUUGGUUGAGAACAGCCUUACUACAGAUUCAAUGUCUCUUGAACCUCUGGAAGAGUUAACAAAAUCAUGCUCUCCUUCUUUCUCUUUGGAAGAGAAAUCUUCAGAGGUCAUUUUAAAUGGACACCUAGAGAGUUCCUCUAACAAUGUGCCUUGCAAUGGGUGUAAUAAUUUAUCAUCUGAACCAAAUACACCAGGCAGUGGUUGUGCUGAAAAUUCUGGUCAAACUGAUAAAACAAUGGAUACCUUACUGGGUAUGGAAGGUUCAUCUCAGAGAUAUGCUGAAGUAGCAUUGGAACCAUGCUGUACUUCAGAACCUGUUCAACAGGACAAGGUUGAGUCUUGUAGCAACAAAAACUAUCCCUCUCUUUGGACAUUAAACACAUGUGGGAAUAUUACUUUUGGAGAAAUUUAUUGCAAACUCAGAAGACCUCCAAAAUUAAAACUGGAGUAUACAUGGAAUGGUAUUGAACACAACCUUGCACCUUCACACACUGCCGUUUCUCUGACAAGACUUGUUGAUAUUGCAGCAGCAGAAUUUACCAAAGUAAAAGAAAGCAAUGAUGAAUCCAAAACAACAUCAAAGUCAUCAGAUACAUCAAUUGGUAAGAACAGCUUAUACUCUUCGUCCAAAGACAAAGGAACCACUAUGAGUGUUUCAAAAGAUAAAGUUGCUUCUAAAUCUACACGUCCUGCCUCUAAAACAAUUGACAAACUUCCAUUUAUUCUUCCAUCUGUGGUUGCACCAGCCACACAAACAUCAACUUCUAAAAGCAUUAUUUCUGAUCUCCCACCACAAACUCGUCCCAUGGCCAGGGUUCGUAAAAGGCCACAGAGACCAAAUAUACACAGAACUUUAUUACCACGACCAGUUGGCAGUCCAAGUUCUGUCCCACCUGGAGCAGUGGCAGUGUCUUUUAUUCCUCAACCAGGGCAAACAGUCGGCACCAUUCUUGCAUCUGGUGUGUCCACAACAACCACAUCAGGAACAACUCAGUCUAAGACAGUUGUUUCUUCUAAAUCACUUUCAGGAACAUCUAGUAGCUCUACAUCAACAACUGUUUCAAGCCUUGUGGAAAGGCCUUCACCAGCAGCAGCAGCAGCAUCAGUUGUGGCAGACAAUGGAUUUAUCAAUGUAAACUCAACAGACUUAAGUUUGGAAAUGUCAGGAUUUUCAGACACAGACCUUCUUGCAGUUGUGGACCAUUUUGUCGGCAGCACAAAGUCAAUAGCUGACAGUGUUGUAACCACAUCCAAUUCUGUAGACUCUAUCAUCGGCCUUGCUCUGGGAACGGCAUUGGAUGAGAAUACAACACCUACAUCCAUUGCAGGAAUGAGUGAAGAUUCCAACUCGGCAUUUUUAGCUUCUCUUACAAGUUUAAAAACUUCAAAUUUAGACUUAGCAACACAGGUGGUGCAGAGAAUUGGUUCAGACACCCCUUCUAAUGUUCAUAUUGAGGAACUUAAUUCUGGUGUGGCUGGUGGCAGCAUGCCAUCAAGCGCUACAAGCCCGACCUUGGAGAAUAUUCUAAACUCGACAAACUCAAUCGCACAGUCUCCUACUUUGACUUCAUGUAAUGUGUUUUUCAAUGGUGCAGGACCUAUUUGCAGCAUUGUUGAUUCACAAAGUCAACAAGAAGCACUGAUAGAUAAAGACAACAUGGCUGCAUCAUCCUUAAUUUUAUCUCCAAAUUCAGAAAGUUCUCUUCAGGCUUCAUUUCAGACUCCCUGGUUUAAUGGAGAGAAUUCUAACUUUUCCAUCGGGAGCCUUCUUGAUAAACUAUCCACCUCACCUAAGAAAGAUGAAAGGCUCCCUAGCAUGGGGGAGUCAUCAUCUGGAGGAAGUGCAUCUAAGGAACCAUCUCAGGAACCAUCUCAGGAACCAUCUCAGGAAAUCCUUCCUAGUGCUCACCAUUUACUAGAUCCGGAGACAGCUUUUCAAGCCAUAAUGGAUGAAAAUAGUGUGGACUUUGUGAAGAAAUUCCAAGACCUGGCAAAGGAAAUAUCUGGUGAAAAUAACAAAGCCCCGACAAGUCCGGCCUCUGAUACUACAUUCCCACCACUAUGCAACACUGAAUUAAAUGGCAGAUCCUCUGAUGACAGCAAUAGCGACAAUGGAAUCUUCAAACAAAUCCUGAAACAAUCAAAGACGAACGUCAGUUGAACUGUCCUCGUUUUUUGCUGAGUUGCUUGUUUUG